CAGUUCGUCAACAUGUCCGCUAGGGGCUGCACAUCCCCGGUAAUCAAACCACAUUCAUGCUGCUAUACAGUGGAUACGGCAAAAGGCGACACCCGAGGAGAGCCGCUCAUCUCUUUGUGCACCGUCGUUGCAGUUCAGCCAUAAAAGAGGUUGCACUUGCACGAGUGUUUGUCCAGCAUGCAGUAGCAUAACACGCCAUGGUCGCCUGUGAGGGUGUCAUCUGCAAUUCGGUACAAGAUGAGCAGUGCUAGUAAGAGGGAGAGGGAGCAGAAGAGGAAACUGCAGCACUUUCUGAGUGACCUGGCUUUACUUGGAUCGUUGCAGGGGUUUAAAUACUUCCAGCCGUGGCUGAGGGGGAAAGAGGAGCUGCUGCUGACAGUCGUCAACGAGGAUCUGGGCUGGCGCUCCCCGGGCUUCGCCGUGUCCCGGGCCUCCUCUCGCUCGUCCACCAGCAGCUGCAACAGCAGCGAUGUCUCUCCCAGCAGCAGCUCUCCGAGCCUGGCCAGCCGGAGCAGCUCCCCCCUGCCCGGGGAGCCUCCGGGCCCACGAGACUCUCAGCAGUCGCAGGCACAUACCAGGACCCAGCCGCAGACUGUCAGGGAGCCCAGCACAGAGGAGCACCUCCUCCCAGCAUCUCCCAGCGAGAGAGAGAUAGCAGUACCUGAGGUGAACUGCACUCUGUUCCUGCUGGCCGGUUACGUCAAGUACGGGCGUCCCUACGCCUGGAUACGCUCCAACCACGAGCGCCUGGUCAACAUCGGCGGCACCGACUCGAUGGUCAAGGACACGCCCAUGAAACUCAAGUCCAUCUCAGACUGGCAGACACGAGGAAUUCGCGUGUGGGAUGUUGUUAGUGAGCUGGUGUGCCUGUGCACGGUUCCCUCUCCCUCCAACCCGUUCGCCCUGGACAUGCGCUACAUCAAAAGUCUUCCCCUCCCCGAGCGCUUCCUCGUCACAGGGGCCCUUCUCAACUUCCUGGAGUUGUACGUGGUUUAUGGGAACCGGGACGAGCUUCACUAUGACAAAGUGGUAGAGGAAGUGAAGCCUCUGAGGCGUCUCCACGUCCAGUCCCUGCUGGAGUUACAGAGACUCAGAGCCAGCCCCAGGUCGGCCAGCAGCCCCACGCUGCAGCACUUGCCUGGAAAAGAGUAACUGUUAACAAUUCAUUCAUGAUCAAAGAUAAAACCACCUGGAUGCACUUUUAAGAGAAAAAAAAAACAUAUUUAAAUGAGCCCAAUUUCAAACGGAUCGUGUUUAUGUAAUGAACUCCGAGUGUCCUCAAACACCACGUUUGAAAAAAAAAAAAAAAAGCUCCGUCACAGCUAAUUUAGGUACGGCGUGUGCAAACCCCAUUCGUUUCAAGGCUGCGCUGUCCUGGAUACUGGAAGGUAGUCACGCGUACGAGGGCUUUUCGAAACGUGAAAACACAGGAGAAAUAACCCUGGGAAACGAAUCACAUGACCGAGGUUUAAAAAUCCCAGGGCCUCUCCGAACGUCUUGCCCUGCCACCCCCCAAAACCUUCAAUCUCUCAACUCCCACACGCACACACACACAGCAGAAGACAAGAAUUCUGCGUUCUCCCGGCCAAAUAUAACAUCUUAAAAAAAAAGUCCAAGCAUCCAAGCCUGGAAACCGAAUCAUUAAUCAGACGUUUAAGCAGGUCAUAUAUCUGGACAACAUAUACAGACACGAAGAAAUGCAGUAUAAAAAAGUUUUAAUAUUCCAUAAAAUACAUACUUAAUUAAAUAUGUACAAAUAACGUAAAACUGUACAUUGAUAAAAUACACCUUAAAGCAGGCACGGUGACCCCCUUUUCUGAGAUGAGGGUUGAUGCCGUUUGUAAUUGAAAAGAUACAUCGAGUACAAAAUGAUAAAAAUAACCGACUAGUGGCACAUCAGUUAAAAAAAUUACACCUUUUUAAAAAAAAAAGUAAUAUUUCUAGCUUAGUUUUGGUCAUAAAACACUACAUGAGAAGACAAUGGUAGCUUCAAGGGUGCACCACUAAUCCUCGAGGUUCUCGUCUGUAAACCUUCGAUAGGACUCAUGAGAUCUCGUUAUGCAAUACAGCACAUACCAAUGCCUAUCUCUUUAAAACCGAUUUAAGUAGUAAGGGCACCUCGUUUGGCUUUGCCGGCGCGAAAAACGUAAAGAGCGUCCUGUGGCGUUUGCCGACGAAAGCUGCUCUGCGCGCGAAGUCGGGGGCGGACUCGGGGAAGCAUUUGGGUCUUUUUAGAAACACUCUCAAAUUCCCUGCAAUUGGAAUGCAGGUGCAUGGCCAGGCAUUCCUCACAGAGGCUCCAUCCACACAGGAACACAGUGUUCCCAGUGUUCGUGCACAAACACACCCGCGAGUCAUGGUUCAGUGUUUUUUUCUACGUAGAUGCAAAUAAUUUAUCACUGUGGACGGUUAGGAUCUGGGGUUGUUUUUGGGUUUGUUUGUUUUUUUUCAGUUUUUAGCAGGACGUUGCCGUGCGAAGCACUUUGUUAACUUUGCAAGUUCUUCUCCGGUCUAUCUUUAGUUUUAUAAUGCAGGUGCUGGGCCUAUCAUACAUUUUAUGGCAACUUAUGACCUCUUAAAAUGAUAAAAUGUGCAAUUCC